AUUCAACCCUUACCUCACCUUUUUCUCUUCAUCUCUCAAGCAUUCUCCAAAACUAAAACAGACAAAACCCAAUUCUUGUUUCAACUACAAACUGAAACACCACACACACAGACACAUAAAACCCCAAAACUCAAAACAAACACAAAACUUCAAACAACAAAUAUUCAAAGAAAAAAAACAUCAAUCCCUUAACCAAAGUAACAGAACUCACCUUCUGGACUUUGUCUUUCCGUCAUUCAUUGCCGCCGCGUCGGAGCAUUCUCACCGUUGCCGGACGUGAAACACAGAGCUCGGAGAGUGUCGAAUUUGUCGAAGAUGUCGCGGUUUCCGUUCUUCAACCGGUCGAACACGAUUCAUUCUGAGCACUCGCAGAAACCUUACGUUCCUCAGAGCCAGCAGAGUCUGGACCGGUCCGGUUCGCUGAAUCGGUUCUACGGAUCCGCUGAGUCGGCGAAAACCUCAAUCCGCGGGAAAAUGGUGAGGAAGCUCUGUACCUUGUUCGAGUCCUCCUCGAAGAAGGCUCCAGAAUCGGAGUCCCAAUCGGAAUCAAAAGCGCGUUGGGACUCGUGCACGACGACGACGACGACGCCGUUUCGGUUGUCCGGGACGGAGGAGCGAAUCGUGGUGUAUUUAACGAGCCUGCGCGGGGUUCGGCGGACGUUCGAGGACUGCAACGCGGUGCGCAUGAUCCUGAAGGGGUUUAGGGUUUGGGUGGACGAGAGGGACGUGUCGAUGGACAUAGCUUACAGGGAGGAGCUGCAGCGCGCGCUGGGCGAGAGCCAUGUGGCGCUGCCUCAGGUUUUCGUGCGAGGAAAGUAUGUAGGUGGCGCUGAGGUGAUCAAGCACUUGUUCGAGACUGGGGAACUGGCGAAGAUCAUUCUGGAAGGCUUCCCCAAUCUGAAACCCGGCUUCGUGUGUGAGCAUUGUGGGGAUGCGAGGUUUAUGCCGUGCGAAAAUUGCAGUGGCAGUCGGAAGGUGUUUGAUGAGGACGAAGGGUGUUUGAAAAGGUGUUUGGAGUGCAACGAGAAUGGACUCCUAAGGUGCCCUUAUUGCUGUUCUUGAUCAUGGCUUUUUCAAUUCCUCCUUGAACAUGCUUUUGUUCUGUUCAAAGAUUUGAUCUUUUUCUUUUUCUUUAUUCAAAAUGGGAAUGUGGAUUGUGUAUAUUAUUGGAUGCCAUUCAUUCCUUUGAAGGCUGUAAAUAUUUAGUGGUGUAUAAAGAUUUGCUAAAUAUUGGUGGUUCUAAUGGAAGAAAUCUUUCUGAUCUUUUAA